CAACCUUGUCUAUCAAGUGUGAUCACACAUUAGUUUGAUAGAAUUCUCCACAACAAGAUGAUGAUGAUGGGGAACAAUGUGCAUAGCAUUGGUGUCAUAGGAGUGAUGGUGAGUGGCUUAGUGUUGAUGAUGGUGUCAAAAGGUGUGAGUGUGAGAGCUCAAAACUGUGGGUGUGAGGCAGAGUUAUGUUGCAGCAAAUACGGGUAUUGUGGGAGUGGUGAUGACUACUGUGGCAAAGGAUGCAAAGAGGGUCCUUGCUAUGGCACUGCCACACCCAACGACGAUGUUUCCGUGGCCGACAUCGUCACUUCCGAGUUCUUCAACGCCAUAAUCGAUCAAGCAGAAGACCAUUGUGCUGGCAAGAAUUUCUACUCACGAGAUGCCUUCCUUGAUGCUCUCAUUGCCUACGACCAGUUUGCUAAGACUGGUUCUGUUGAUGACUCCAAGCGUGAAAUUGCAGCUGCUUUUGCUCAUUUCACCUACCAAUCUCGACAUUUUUGCUACAUAGAAGAGAUUGAAGGUGCAUCAAAGGACUACUGUGACAAAACCAACCGCCAUUACCCGUGUGCCCAUAACAAAGGUUACUAUGGACGUGGACCCAUCCAACUAUCAUGGAACUUCAACUACGGGCCAGCAGGGGAGAACAAUGGUUUUGAUGGAUUGAACGCUCCAGAGACAGUGGCCAGUGACCCUGUUAUAUCCUUCAAGACGGCGUUGUGGUACUGGACACAGAAUGUGAGCCCUGUGAUGAAGCAUGGUUUUGGUGCAACCAUUAGAGCUAUCAAUGGUCAUCUUGAAUGUGAUGGAGCAAACCCUGAAACUGUUCAGGCUAGGGUCAAUUACUAUACUGAAUAUUGUUCACAGCUUGAUGUUGCUCCGGGAGAUAACCUCACUUGCUAAUUAAUUAUUUGCUACUCAAUGUAUCGAUGGAUAAUUGGAUAUGAUAUGACAGAUAUAAUAUCAUACAUAAUUCGAUUCCACAUAUUAGUAGAAGUGAACUGAUAGUGUUGAACAGUUUAAUAGCUGGAAGAGGUACAUGUAUAAGCCUCCCUUUAUCAUAUAUGAUAUACAUUAUAAAAUAAAGAGUUCUACUUGUGUUUAAUA